AUGUCUGCGCCAAAUCAAAGUAACGUCGAUCUCGACGCCUUGCUCGACCUCUCCGAAUAUGAUAACAACUACAACUCUCCCUCGCUCUCCCCCUCAUCAUCCAAGCCCACCUUUGCCAGCCCUGUCUCCGCCGUCGUGACGACUCCCAGCAUCCCUUCGACAACGCCACAAACGCUCAGCGGCCCCAGUCACAACUAUGACAUGUACCGCCAGCAGACGGGUUUUGUCCCCGGUGCCAUCGCCAACACCAUGGCCGUCAACCAAACCAACAACACUGGCUAUCAGGACUUUGGCAGCCUCGAGUAUAUGUCCAACCUGACUCCCGAGAACGACAUGUUCGAUUUCAACACAUCGCCGGCACAGAGCAACAUGGAAAUCGACUUCGAGUCGCCCGCCGAAUCUCACCAGCUUUUCAACACGGUCAAUCCCAGCAACAUUGAGCAGGACGCACCCAGCAAGCGCUCACCUCCCGUCCCUUCGACGUCAGGCAGCGUUGGCCGCCUUUGGCCCGGCGCUCACUCGCAAGCAGCCCUCGCCAAGGCCCAGGCCCAACAGAGGCAGCAGCACACCAUUCAGCAGCAACAGGCCCAACGUGCGGGUGCCCAGCAGCAGAGGUCGCGCGCCAAGGCCCCGCAUCCUACAGACCCCAUUGUCGAACAAAAGAUUACGCAGCUUCUCAACUCGAUGCGGGCCAAGUCGUCUACGCAUGACGCCCAGGGCCAGGCUGCCGUUACCAAUCUGCCUCGUAUCAGGAAGGAUGAAGAGGACAUGGACGAGGAUGAGCGGCUCCUGGCUAGCGAGGAGGGCAAGAAGCUGAGCAGCAAGGAGCGGAGGCAACUUCGCAACAAGGUGUCUGCCCGCGCAUUCCGUUCGCGGAGGAAGGAAUACAUCACUCAACUAGAGUCGGAAAUCGCCUGCAAGGUCAAUGAGAACGGCGAUUUGCGGGCGCGCAACCGUGCUCUCGAGGAGGAGAAUAGGCAGCUCUCCGACCUGACCCGCAUGCUUCUCGGAUCCCCGUCCUUUUCCACACUCCUCGAACACCUCAGCACCAACCCAGCUGCUGCGCCUCAGGCCGCUCAGGUCAAGCUUGAGCCCCAGCAACAGGCCCAAGAAAUGAGCCACAUCCGCAAAGAUGUCAACCCUCAUGCCGGCCAGCACUCGCAGCAGCAGCAGAUUGGCAUGGCCAUGGUUCCCGAGCAGAGCAUGGACUUUUCCAUGCUCAGCCUCGACAAUGGCGCCGCGUACAAUUUCCAGCCUCAAGUGUUUGUUGUCGACACGCCGGAGAUGCCUAGCGCCGUCGACGUCUCAGUCCUGUCUGGCAAGGCCCGAGACUUUGUUGAGGAGACCUUCCUGUCUGGCGAGGACAGCAAGAUUGAGGUUCCCGCUCUUGAGCGGCCCGCUGAGAGUGCUGAGGCUUCGGAACCCGUCGUCGAGUCACCUGUUGACGAGGAGUUCGAGUGCGAUCCAGAAUUCGCUUUGUUCCACUCCGAGCCCGCUUCAGUCCGCCAGGAGUACGAUGCUUUUGACGCUGAGAGCCUCGGCAGCCCCGACAUCUUUGGCGGCUUCGAAACAGAGAAGAUGCUCUCCAGGUAUGAGCUGGUGGAUGCCGACAAAGAAAACGCGACAGCCACGCUGGCCAUGGCCCGUGUCCAGCGCAUGAGCGCCAACAUGGAGUCGGUUGUGUCGAGGUUAGAGCUCUUGACCAUGGAUUUGUAG